CGGAGGAGUCUGGGGGUGGAGCUGGUGGAGGUUAAGAGAAGGAGUCUGGGGGUGGAAUUCAUGGAGGUUAAAAGAUGGAGACUUCCAGUGGGCCUAGUAGUGGAAAGUAAGUCAAAUUAGUAGAGGCGGAAAGCGAAGGGAUACGGAAUGAGAUAAGAAGCAAGUACUGCGGAGGUGGGUGAAACUAGCAGAGGAGGAUGAGGAGGAGACAGAAGGGCAAUAUGAGAUGACGAGAACAAGUAGGUAGUUAGGAAGAGCAGGUUGAACUUGAAGCUAGUUUGUAAAGCAGGAAGACGACGGCGGGCAUAAUAGGCCAAGAAGGUCGCACUUUCGAGGUGGUUGAAAAUUUUACCUUUGUGUUCAGACAGUCACUCAACUUGUUCAAACAUAUCGAUCCGACGCCUGUAAAAGUCAAGUUGUCCAUUCAAUUCAGGAACAGGGUUAGUAAAGUUUCUCGUUGUGCCUUCGUGUUUAUGUUUUUCCCUAUGCAGGUAGCUCUAUUAGCGGUUUACUUACCAAACUAGCACUAGAACUAGAACAAAAGCUAACGAAAAAAAAAAUCUAAACUGUUAUCGAGUUGGAUGACGACUACUUACAGCAACAGCAAGAACAGCUAACUUUCAUUGGUAAUAUUAACUACAAGUAUAGCGCUUACGUUUAUGAGUUAGGAUGUGCGGUAAGCGACAGCACCAGAAUAAUUAUAGGCUAACGCUUCUGAUAAUGUACUUCUUGUGAAGUUUUUACGUGCUGUACAGCAUGCUCUCGAAAUUCUUACUCUUCUUGUGUCGAGUCCAAUUCUUGAAUAGAAAGCGCGUUCGCGCGCGCAGCUAAUGUACUUCAGCUCAUACGUCGCACGAUAUCAAAAUAGGAGCAGGCGCAGAGUGUCUUCUAUUACUAACUUUUUAUACCAAAAGCUGCGGUCUGCUCCUCGUGGAGCUGCAGCACAGGACAGAAAUGAGUAUCCGCCACGCAACGGGGUACUCCUGUACAGAAAGACAGAGUUGGGCUCUACUUCAUCCAUUCACAUUACACCAAACGUCAUACAUAGACAUAGACGAACGAACAAGGAAGCAAAGUCAGUAUCUUGUCCCCCAAAGCCAAAUACUCAACUAAUAUCUUGCCCCCCUAUCUUUCGUCAGCCAAAUUUUGUUUCGGGCCUCGCCUCAAACUGCAUAAGUUGUAGAGCGCAACAAUCAAAAUGGAGAGGGUUUAUAGGUAACCCCCUGACGCAUGUGCAUGUCGCCAGCUUCCAACAUGUGUGAGGAUGAGAAUAUACAUAGACCAGCGCGCCGUAGGGGUGCGCUCUCUGAAGGCCAUCAGUGGAGUCGCCUUCGG